AUUUGGCCUGAACAAAAACAUAAACACAGGCCACGGCGAGCGACGACACAUCGCCUUGGUGACCUGCCCAGAUUUAAUAUUGCGAAUAUUGCUACAAACAAUAUUAACUCGACAAUUGUAUUUUCGCUACGCGCUCAUUCACGGGUUUUUUUUUUGUUGAUAUAUUUUCACUUGUGUAAUUUUUGCCGUUUUUUUUUCUCUGACAUGGACGGCGAAAACACCAUUGACAUCCACGCAGGAACGGACGAUUCCGGGGAUAUCGUGACGAUCCCGUUAUUGCUGACGUUCGACGAACCGGAAACGGUGGAGCCAUUGAUCGUGGAUAACGACAUAUCGGAAAACGAAAUGGAUCCCGAACCACAGCAGGAGCUGGACGAGGUGUCGGCAAUGCCGUCGGCGGAUAUGGCUGUCAGCACUGCAGUGACUGCCGUUCGGCUGGGUUCAGGGGCGGACGACAAUCCGUCUACGGCGGCGGCGGACGACGCCGAAGCCGAGAACAUGGACAUGCGCGGCCGCCGCACCCGAAGCGGUAGCAGACGCCGCCGAGGCCGACGCAGCCGAAGUCGUCGCAGCCGUAGCCGUAGCCGUAGCCGGAGCCGCCGCGGCCGGAGUCGUCGCGUUCGAAGCCCAGCAAGCGACGAUAGCGAUCUGUCCUUCGUCGUAGAGAUUGGCGAAGACGAGGUCUCCACCGAAAUGGAGGCCGGUGGCAGCGGUGGUGGCAGUAGUGUUAGCCGGAAGGUGGCCCGCGGCGGCGGUCGCAAGACCACGAAGACGGCGCUCAAUGGUCGCCGCGUCAGGAAGACGGCGGUGGCCCGUGGUGGUCGCGUCGAAAAGAACCAGGCGGCUCGCGGUGGCCGGAAGUCGGCCAAGCGUAGUCGCAGAGGCCAGAAAACCGCCGAAAGUGUGCCAAGGCGGACGUUGUGGACGGGCCGCCUGCGUUCCCGCAACACACAUCGGCAAAAGAAAUCGCAGCCAAAGUAAAAUCCACCCAACCAGAGGAGGGAGGCCCCGUACGACGUGAUAUACAUAAUAUAAUAUAAUAAAUUACGCUCGGGGCAAUAUUUUUGUAAUACAUAAUUGUUUUCUAAAAAUAAAAAAAAAUAAAAAAAUAUCGUAUCUGGAUGUUCUUUUUUCUAAGUACUCCGAGUGCGAGCACCGAUAUUUAUGCAA